CUCAUCAUCAUCAUGCAUAAAACAGCUCACUCGUGACAUUACAGCUUGCAACGUAGUUAACCGGCAACCGCCGGUCACCAUCCUCCACCGACAACUACUCUCCUUCCUCCGCCCUUCCAUCUCCACUUUCGCUUAAUUAAUUGCCAUUUCACUAAUAUAGUUUAAGGAAUCGCCAUAAGUUUCAGUUCUUCACCGACAUUGCUCCCGCUGUAUAGAUUGUGUGACAAGGAAUGGCGGGGCAGGAGGCUUCCUCUGCCUUUUGAAGCAACCUCUUCUUGCUCAAUCUCUCCUCAUCUUAGUAGAAACGGCUUUUUUCUUUUAUAAGCUCAAAUAUUUGAAGCAUGAGGGCGACUGAACGGAAACAAGUUCAAAAGAGUAGUCAAAUAGCGCGUGCUUCGAGGCCAGAGAAGAAGGGCCAGAAGCCACAAGAGAAGAAUGGUCGCAAAAUCAUGAAAGGAAAAGAAACAAGUAUGAAAACUUCAUCUCCUAAUCAAGACUCGAGCACUUUAGUAAGUGAUCUAAAUACAGGUACAGAACACCCAGAAUCUUAUGAAACCGUGGUUAUACACUAUGUUGAUGACAUCAAUAGGUCUGAUGAAACAACUCAAGUGUCAAAAACACUCCAGAUGGAUGACAAGGAGAGUCAUAAAAAUUUAAGCGGUUAUUCAUGUGAGCAGGAAAAUGAUUCAAAGGAGGAAAUGGAAGAUGAAUCUGAUCCUGAAACAAUUAAUGGAUCAGUAUCAUCAUCUCAAGGAGAUCCACAAACUUCAGAAGACAAUAAGUUAGAAAAAGCUUCAAUAUUUCCCAGAGAUGGAUCCUCUGAUAGCUCUUCCUUUGCACCCUCUACAAAUGCUUAUAACAGCAUACAAUUAAAGGCAUCAAAAACUGCACCUAAAAAUGCUAUGGGCCCUGCAAAAGGUCCAUCCAAAGUGUCAACUGACUCUGUACAUAGUAAUUCUAAAAAUAUGAAAGUCCAUCCAAAAACAAUAAUAGAAUCCUCAGAAGAGGUUGGUGAUGGACUUUUUGAAGAGGUUAAACAAGCAGAUACAAAAGAUGAGGCUUCCAGCAGUGCUCGGAAUUUUGUGAGUGAUGAUGAAACAGUCAACACAUCAGAAGAAUUUGAUGAAGAAGACAGGGCUGCUUUAGAAAAAAAGGUGCAGGAAAUGGAAUCAAGGAUUGAGAAACUUCAGGAGGAGCUGAGAGAAGUUGCUGCUCUUGAAGUUGCGCUUUAUUCUGUAGCACCUGAACAUGGGAAUUCAGCACAUAAGGUGCAUAAGCCAGCAAGGCGCCUUUCCAGACUUUAUAUUCAUGCUUGCAAAAAUUGGUCUCAAGAGAAACGUGCCACGGUAGCUAGGAAUAUGGUUUCAGGCCUUGUUCUGGUUUCCAAGUCAUGCGGUAAUGAUGUUGCAAGGUUGACGUUCUGGCUAUCCAAUGCUGUUGUUCUGAGGGAAAUAAUAUCACAAGCGUUUGGAAGUUCCUGUAGCUCAAACUCUCUUACUCAAAUAUCUGCAUUGUCUGGAGGAAAGGGAGGUGAUUGCGAACAUUCAUCACUGAAGUGGAGCUGCAGUUCUGGAAGCACACAAUCUAAGCAAGGUGUAUUGCAUUUUAUUGACAAUUGGCAAGAAUCAAGAACAUUUAGAGCUGCCUUGGAAAGAGUGGAGUCUUGGAUUUUUUCUCGGAUAGUUGAGUCAAUAUGGUGGCAGGACUUUACUCCAAAUAUGCAAUGUCAGAUUAGUCAUCUAUCAAUUGGAAAUACGGUGGGGAAACUACUUGGUCCCGCCUUAGGUGACCAAGAGCAAGGGCGCUUCUCAAUUGAUCUAUGGAAUAAUGCUUUCAAAGAUGCUUUUACGAGAUUAUGUCCUGUUCGGGCUGGUGGGCAUGAAUGUGGCUGCUUGCCUGUUCUGGCAAGAAGGGUAAUGAAACAAUGUGUUGCGAGAUUAGAUGUGGCAAUGUUCAACGCUAUUCUUCGCGAAUCAGCUCAUGAGAUCCCAACUGAUCCUGUUUCGGAUCCAAUAGUUGAGUCAAAGGUUUUGCCUAUUCCAGCUGGGGAUUUAAGUUUUGGAUCUGGUGCUCAGUUAAAAAAUUCAGUUGGCAAUUGGUCUAGAAGGCUGACAGAAUUAUUUGGCGUUGCUCUUGGUGAAUCAGCCAAAAAUGACUUUAGCAAAUCUGAGUAUGACGGUAAAGGAGAAGACGGAGAUGAACAACAAGAUCACUUCAAUCUUCUCAAUGCCUUGAGUGACCUUCUAAUGCUUCCAAAAGACAUGCUUAUGGAUUCAACAAUCAGAAUGGAGGUUUGUCCAUCAAUACAUCUUUCCUUGCUCAAGAGAAUCCUCUGUAAUUUCUCUCCGGAUGAAUUUUGCCCUGAUCCCGUCCCUGGUGCCGUGUUAGAGGCCGUCAAUGCUGAGUGCAUCAUAGAGCAUAGAUUAUCAGCCGAGCGCACUGGCAGCUUCCCUUACCCCGCUGCUCCAGUAGUGUACACUCCUCCUUCAUCAGCUGAUGUUGCAGAAAAGGUUGCAGAGGUUGACAGGAAGUCCCAGUUUUCUCGUACCUCUUCUUCCAUACAGAGGAAGGGAUACACGAGCGAUGAGGAACUGGAUGAAGUAGGUUCUCCUCUCGCAUUUAUAGUUGACAAAACACCGACUUCAACACAUUCCAAGAAUGGAAAUCUUAAAGGCAACCAUGAAGAAAAAAGUAUAUUUGGAUCCAAUGCAAGAUAUGAACUUCUCCGGGAAGUCUGGCGAGCAACUUAGCUUGAUGUCCUAAUUUCUUCAUGGUAAACACUCCCAAAAGGUGAAAAUCAAAUUACAGAUACCGAAAAGAGUGUUCUGAAGGGGAUGUAUGUGAAAUAUCUCUUCAAAGAUAACAAUCUCUUAAAUACAAAGAUUGCACAUUUUGUCAAAUAUUUACUGCAAUGUAUGUUACACAUAUCAAGAAUCCAAAAUGUGGACUUGUACACACACACAAUAGAACUAUGGUCGCUCCAGGGAAAAUAAGUAUAAAAUCCGUG